AUCCAUCUCCAAUAAUCGCUUUAUUCUUGGUUAAAGUUUUAUUUCUUUUUUUUCUCGACUUGCUUUCAGAAGCUUUGUGUGAUCCGAUCAAUGCAAUGGUGGUGUCCUCCGCAGCAAAAUCAUAAAGCAUUCCCCAAAUCGCGCAAGAUCUUCUCCAAACCGAUAAACUUCCAAGCUGUCCACCGGGUGGGGACACACGGCCAAAGGAAGAUCUCAACCAGAUAACGAGGCAGAAGAAAAAACAAAAACAACAGCAAAUUAAUUUAUGCAGAUCUCACCCCGGCUGAGUAACCGGAACGUUUCAAAUUUCAUCGAGUUUGAAAUCGAAUCAACGAGACUGCUUUUCUCUCUCUCUGGUUUUUUCGCGCCCGAUUAACUCGCGUGGGACUCUGCCCUGGUCCGGCAAAACAGUGUGAACAAGUGACGUCACCGUUUCGAGAGCGCGCGCGCUCGUGUUAGUGUGUGAAAAACAGAUCAAGUUACUCCGGCGGAGAUAACUGACUUGUCUGCGCUGCGCCCGGAUUGGAACCCACGUGGAUGGAUCUAGUCAUGGCCACGUCAGCGAAGAGCACAUCGCCCCACCGGAUUAAGGUCAAGAAGGAGAUUUGCAGCGAACCGGACAACAUUAAGGACUUUGCCGAAACGGCCAUGAACGACAUCCUCGGCUGGUACGGCUACGGUGACAGCGUGGAUCGUAUCGAUAUCGCGUCGUCUUCAUCAACAGCAGCUGCUGCGCCGGCCGCGGACAGCACCCACCACCCCCGUCACAAGGAGUCCAAUAGCAGUAGCAGUAGUACGCUGAAAUCCAAGCACAAUAACAAGCCUCAACAGCACAAGCCGUCCAGGCAAUUCAAUAUGUUGCAACAUCAGCAGCAUAAUUCCGGCGAUAGUGAUAGCAUUGCAGCCGUGGCAGCAUCAGGUGUAGUUUCACCACCGGUGGCAACGGUUCCGUCCAAGGCUGCUGGUGUCCUAGUUUCACCGGGAAGCAACAGCAGUAGUAAUAUUAACAAUAGCAGUAGUACAGCCACGGCGGAGGCUCGCAACGGAGUCAACUUACACGAGCAGCAACGGGAACGGGAACAUGGCCAAGGGGCAGGGGAAAGUUCCACCUCGGAAAAGGACAGCUCCCGGGAAAGCUCCAAGAGUCCGAUGCUGGUGAAGAUGCUCGAAAAGCAGGAACCCAUCUGCGGCUGGUGCCGCCGGGGCGUCCCGCCCAACCAGACCGGCUGCAUCGCCGGCACCACCGAGGGCAUCAUCUUCUGCUCGGAGUCGUGCUUCUCGCAGAGUCGGCGGGCCUCGUUCAAGCGGGCCAAAACGUGCGACUGGUGCCGGCACGUGCGCCAUGCCGUCAGCUACGUCGACUUCCAGGACGGGGUGACGCAGCUGCAGUUCUGCUCGGACAAGUGUCUCAACCAGUACAAGAUGCAGAUUUUUUGCAACGAAACGCAAGCCCACCUGGACAUGAACCCGCACCUGAAGGAGAAGAGUACGUCGGCGGGAAGUCUCAUCACACCCGAUCUCUGGCUUAGGAACUGCAAAAGUCGAUCGGCUUCACCGCUUUCGGAUCGUUCCGAGUCCGUUUCGCCAGCUCCGUCCUUGCCGAUGCGACCAUCCCCGGAACCUUCACCGGUUAUGCAGUCACCUCCUGCCAAGAAGCCGAUGAUAUCGGUAGCACAUCCCUCGAAGCUCCUAUCGAAGAACCUUCAACCGAGCGCAGCUGUCAACGCCAGGUCCGUUAUCAAAUCUACCCGAAAGCGGCGUCCAGGUCUACGACCUCUUCAGCAAAACACGCUACACAAUCGAAGAGCCGCCAAGGUGGACUACGGUCAGCUCACACCAAACAAUAACAACAACAACGCGAGUGUUCUCAACAACAACUUGCCCGCCAGCAGCAUGCCAAAGCCCGCCACAGUCACAAGUGCGAACAUCCAAGAUCUCCGCGCCGGAAUUUCCCUUCAAAACCUCACCCAUUCCCUGACUCCAACCAAGUUCGAGUCCAGUGAAUCCCCAACGACUCCACGACCACCUCCUCUCAACAUCCCGCCACAAUUUCUCCAGCUUCCACCAAAUCCCGCCAUGCGACCGCCAUUCUUCCCGCUAAACCCCGCCUUCCGGUUCGGUUCCCCACCAAACCCGCAAGCCAUGCCUCCUCCACCCCCGCCCAACAUGGACCCAAACAACCCCCAGAACCGGCACCAACCCCCGCUCCUGGGCUUCCCAGCUCCCCCUGUAACCAUCCUCGUCCCCUACCCAAUCGUCAUCCCACUCCCCCUGCCAAUCCCGAUCCCCAUCCCCCUAAUCGACUUCCUCAAAGCCACCGCCCCCAAAGAGGAAGCCAAACCGGAACCCACCACCAGUGAAUCGCCCGUUUCAACGACGGAACAACCCGCCCGCACCCUAAUCGAGGACGACUCCGUCAGCGAUCCGGAACUCGAAGAACGCGACUCCCCGCUCGAUUUCACCGUGCCGCAAAACCGCCCUCCUCAGCAAAGCUACUCGCUGGAACCGGUACAGGAACCUGCUACGGAACCGGAAGCGGACUGCAGUCCGGAGCAGCGGUUGCCAAAGUUUAGGAUUACUAGGCUGAGUGGGGGCAGCAGCAGUUGCGGCAAAAGGGUUGAGAUGGAAAGUGAGGAAGAGCCUCCGAAGGAGGAGGACGAGGAAGACCGGGUGGAGCGGAGUCGGCCGUUGCGGAAGCGGAAGCGACUGGUGGGGCAUCAGGAGGAGACGACGGCGGCGGGCGCGCCGCCCAGUGAGGGUGGGCGAGGGGUUGAGGAGGAGGGGACGAAAGGUUAGGUUAGAAUUUUGUUGGGAAGCUGUGGAUCAUGGAUUGCUAAAAAUGCGGUGUCAAAAUGGCAUUUUAGGUUGUAUUUUUGUUUUGUUCCCGUUCGCUCACAUUUCUAUAAAACUUUUGUUUAAACACAAAUCGGUAAUCGCCCAAAUGUAAGAAAAAUAUCAGUUGAUUUUCUAUUUUUUCGCUAUUAAUCAACUGAAAUUUAGCUAGCUU